UUUACGGGAAUCUUAGUCGAUUUAAGAAAAAGUUCGGGAUCGGGAUUUUAGAAAUAGUGACCUAAGGAUCGAGGGAAUUUUGAAUUUUGUUAGCUUUUGGUUUCGAUUUGUCAUUUGAGUCUUUAAAACUCGAUGUGAUUCGACAUUUAGGAAUGACAGAUCAGGUUACUCCUAUAGGAUAUGCUUUGAUUGUAACUGUUAAAUAUUUUGAAGGACAAAAUAGCAGAGAAGAUGCUAUUUCUGAUCAAACGAACGCCAGAGCAGCCUUUAGACGGUUGGGAUUCGAAACCAAGAUAGUCACGGAGGAAGAACCAACGCCUUUGGCAAUGGAGGCUGGUGCUAAGACUGAGUACGUUACUAAACACCGAUUCCAAGAGGAACUUGACAAGGCCAUAAAUCAUGUGAAGAACCAGGGAUACCGACAUUUUGCUGUGUUUAUUUCUACACAUGGAGGGGAGGCUAGGACAGAAGGCCAUUACGAACAUGAGCUGUGUUUCUAUGAUGAUGAUGAUGUGUCCACUCAGAAGGUCCUCUUUAAUCCACUGGACAGGGAAUUACCAAAAGUCAACAAAUUGAUCUUAGUCUCGGCCUGUCGAGAUCGGGAUGAUUGUGAGAAUGAGAGAGAGAAGGAGGACCCUGGUGUACAGAUACAAAUUACUGAGGACCAGGAUGAGGAAUACCAGAUACAGCUGACGGGAGGAGAUGAUAUCCACCAUUCCCUGCCUGAAAACUCACUUCACUGCCUAGUACCAUGUAUAUCAAACUGUGUCACCAUGUUUGCGUCACCAUCAGGAAAAUACUCGUAUCGUUGUCAUUUGGCCAACUUAUUUUGGGACAGAGUAAAGUUACUGAGUGAUGGAUCUCAGGUGAAUUUAUUGGAAUUGUUACGUGAGAUCAACAGGAUGUUUGCAGAGAAGGCAAUAUCUAUAGAUGAUGAGCCUUAUGAAGGCUGCUAUAUUAGUUAUGAGGUCAGCAAUGUUGGAAGUAUCUGUCACCGUCUCACUUCUCCAAUACACUACACAGUAGUUAAAAACUCCUAGGACAGCCCAGAGCCAAUGAGACAGGUGCUUGUAAAGGCUAAUUGAUGCUUGCACUGAGCAGAUCGACGGCCCUUAACAGCGUUAUGGUCAAAGA